AUGACUUCGGAUGAUGCUUAUGAGGAAAGAUUAAUAAAUGAAGAAUAUAAAAUUUGGAAGAAGAAUACCCCUUUUCUUUACGAUAUGGUUAUGACUCAUGCUCUAGAGUGGCCAAGUUUGACAGUACAGUGGUUACCUGAUGUAAAUAGGUUGGAAGGAAGUGAUUACACUACACAUCGACUAAUAUUGGGCACGCAUACAUCAGAUGAGCAAAAUCAUUUAGUUAUUGCGAAACUGCUUCUACCAAAUGAUGAUGCGCAAUUUGAUGCAUCUAAAUAUGAUACCGAGAGAGGAGGUAUUAAUAGGCCUUUGCCUAUAAUUGAAGAAUUUGGUGGAUUUGGAUCAAUCACCGGGAAAAUCGAUGUGGAAUUAAAAAUAAAUCAUGAAGGAGAAGUGAAUCGAGCACGAUAUAUGCCACAAAAUCCUGUUCUUCUUGCGACUAAAUCGCCAAACAGUGAAGUUUUUAUCUUUGAUUACACUAAACAUCCUUCAAUACCGAGUGCAGAUAAUAUGUGUAAACCUCAAUUGCGACUUCGUGGUCAUACGAAGGAAGGAUAUGGGUUGUCGUGGAACUCAAAUCAAGUGGGACAUUUGCUCUCUGCAUCAGAUGAUAUGACUGUUUGCUUAUGGGAUGUACAAGCGGCCAGUAUGCAUGCUAACUAUUUGGAUGCCAAAACGAUUUUUAAUGCCCAUAACGCUGUUGUCGAAGAUGUCGCUUGGCAUGUUUUACAUGAUUCAGUUUUUGGUUCGGUUGGCGAUGAUCAUAAGUUGAUGAUAUGGGACAUUCGUAACAGCUCCUCUUCAAAACCAGCACAUACCGUGGAGGCACAUUCUGCUGAAACAGUAGCACUUUGGGAUUUGCGAAAUCUUAAACUGAAACUACAUUCAUUUGAAUCGCAUAAGGAUGAAAUAUUUCAAGUACAGUGGUCUCCUCAUAAUGAAACGAUUCUUGCUUCUUCCGGAACUGACCGCCGUUUGCAUGUUUGGGAUUUGAGUAAAAUUGGUGAAGAGCAAACACCAGAAGAUGCUGAAGAUGGGCCUGCUGAGUUGCUUUUCAUUCACGGAGGACAUACUGCUAAGAUAUCUGACUUCUCUUGGAAUCCUAAUGAGCCAUGGGUUGUUUGUUCGGUAUCCGAAGACAAUAUCAUGCAGAUUUGGCAGAUGGCCGAUAAUAUUUAUAAUGAAGAAGAGAAUGAAACUCCUCCGGAUCAACUUGAGCGUUAA